UUCCUGCACAAUGAAAGCAAUGGAAACAUUUUAAACGCUCUACCGCUCCCGUUCGUUCGUGAGAUGUGUGUUGUCUGCUCUCUGUUGCUUGCUGCUUCUCAGACUGUGAUCUUACGCGUAUAAUCAAUUAAAAUAUACGAAAAAUCGUGCUAGUGUGUGUUCUUCUAUUUGUAAAUUCUCGAAGACACCGAGACGCGUUCGCUGUGUGUUUAUUUAAUUGUAGUUUGCCGUCGUCAAAAGUCUUCGCUUACGUGUAAUAGUUUUGCCAAAAAUAGCCAAGUAAUAAAAUUAUACAGAAUACUCAUACAUACAUAUAUACAAGUAGCAACAAAAACAAUGAAACGCCCGCACUAACAACAACAAUAACAGAAACAACAACGGCAUCGAAACUACAACAAGAAAAAAAGCUCUUCAAAUUAUAUGCGCCUGCGUCAUCGUAUGUGCAAUAGUGUGCGUGAAUCUCCAACGAGAGCGUGUAUGUGUGAAUGCGUCGUGUGCGUGUGUGAGUGAGUGAGUGCAUUUAUGCCAAUGUUGUGCUUGAUUGUGUGUGUGCCUAUGCAUCUGUUUUGAAACCGGCAUCAUAACGUCAGCUGAGCUGAGCAGCGGCGAACAAAAAGACGAAGAAGAAGAAGCAGUGCGCCUUCACCCCCAAACUCACCAAAACACACACACAUACAUAACGCACACACACACAUAUAGAAACAACACGAAAAUGUAUCGAAUCGGUCCAAUUGGACGUAAAUCGAACUUCCAUUCGCGCGAGAAAUGUCUAAUUGGACUCGUGCUGGUGACAUUGUGCUUCCUAUGCUUCGGUGGCAUUUUCCUGCUGCCCGAUAAUUUUGGCAGCGAGCGCGUACUGCGCGUCUACAAGCACUUCCAAAAGGCCGGUCCCGAAAUCUUCAUACCCGCCCCUCCGCUGGCCGCGCAUGCGCCACGCGACGAGGAUCCCCAUUUUAUGGGCGAUCGUCAGCGAUUGCAACAGAAAAUCAUUGCUGAGCUCGGCGACAUACUCGAUGAGCCGCAAGUGGCCGCUGUCGCUGCUGCUGCAUCCGAUGCAGCUGGCGCUGCGGCUGCGCCAGCGGUGCAACAAGAGCAGCCGGUGCAACAGGAGACGCAGCCCGAUGUGGCGCAACAACAACGUGUCUCAUCGGCCGAUGAUACCACACAUAAUCAACAACAACAACAACAGCAGCAGCAACAACAAUUGAAGCUGCCCAUGGGCUUGUCAAAGGACUCUACAGCUGAUCAUGCUGCCGACGCGGGAAUGGAGGAGAAACGUCUUAAAGUCAAAGAGAUGAUGGAGCACGCCUGGCACAACUACAAACUGUAUGCGUGGGGCAAAAACGAGCUGCGUCCUCUGUCGCAGCGUCCGCACUCGGGCAGCAUCUUCGGAUCGUACGAUCUGGGCGCCACGAUUGUGGAUGGCCUCGAUACGCUGUACAUAAUGGGCCUGGAGAAGGAGUACAAGGAGGGACGCGAUUGGAUCGAGCGGAAGUUCUCGCUGGACAACAUCAGCGCCGAGUUGUCCGUGUUCGAGACAAACAUUCGCUUUGUCGGCGGCAUGCUAACGCUUUACGCCUUCACCGGUGAUCCGCUCUACAAGGAGAAGGCUCAGCAUAUAGCGGACAAAUUGUUGCCCGCCUUCCAGACGCCCACUGGCAUUCCAUAUGCGUUGGUCAACACCAAGACGGGCAUGGCCAAGAACUAUGGCUGGGCCUCCGGCGGCAGUUCGAUUCUCUCCGAGUUUGGCACACUCCAUCUGGAGUUUGCCUACUUGAGCGACAUCACCGGCAAUCCACUGUAUCGCGAGCGUGUGCAGACCAUACGUCAGGUGCUCAAAGAGAUUGAGAAGCCCAAGGGACUCUAUCCCAAUUUCCUCAAUCCCAAGACGGGCAAAUGGGGUCAACUGCACAUGUCGCUGGGCGCUUUAGGCGACAGCUACUACGAGUAUCUGCUGAAGGCGUGGCUGCAAUCUGGGCAGACGGACGAGGAGGCACGCGACAUGUACGACGAGGCAAUGCUGGCCAUCAUGGACAACAUGGUGCGAACCAGUCCCAAUGGACUGACCUAUGUAUCCGAUCUGAAAUUCGAUCGAUUGGAACACAAAAUGGAUCAUUUGGCCUGCUUUUCAGGCGGACUUUUUGCGUUGGGCGCCGCAACGCGUCAGAACGAGCAUACGGAUAAGUACAUGGAGGUGGGCAAAGGCAUUACAAACACCUGCCAUGAGAGCUAUGUGCGCACACCGACUCAACUGGGACCCGAAGCAUUCCGUUUCAGUGAUGCGGCAGAGGCGCGUGCUCUGCGCUCCCAGGAGAAGUAUUACAUACUGCGGCCAGAGACAUUCGAGAGCUACUUUGUGCUGUGGCGUCUGACGCACGAUCAAAAGUAUCGCGAUUGGGGCUGGGAGGCGGUCCAGGCCCUGGAGAAGCAUUGCCGCACAGCGCAUGGUUAUUGCGGGCUGCGCAAUGUGUAUCAGCAGGAGCCGCAAAAGGAUGAUGUUCAGCAGAGUUUCUUCCUGGCCGAGACACUCAAGUAUCUUUACUUGCUGUUCUCGGACGAUUCCGUACUGCCGCUGGACGAAUGGGUGUUCAACACUGAGGCGCAUCCGCUGCCCAUCAAGGGUGCCAACAUUUACUACAGACAGGCGCCAGUUCCGCUGCCUGCAUCGAAUGCUUCAUAAGCAACAACAACAGCAACAACAACAACAACAACAGCAGCAAACAGCAAGAAUGUCAUUUUAAUAUUUAAUUUUCCGUUUUUUUUUUUUUUUUUUUUUUUGUAUGUAUUUUAAUUUUUCUUUUUAGUUAGUGCUUCUUUUUAAAUAUGGUAUAUAUAUAUAUAUUUUGUAAUUAAUUAUUGACGAUAAUUUUGCAAUAAGGCAAUAAGUAUGUAAUCUUGAUCUUAAAAAGUUCGCGAGCGACGACGAAAACAACUUUCUGUGUAACAUAUUUAAAAAUGCGAAACUUAAUUAACGUUAGCACUCUCUUCCCCUUAAGUAGUCGAAACAUUUUUACUUACUUAAAGCAAGCCCCUAGCCCCUGGCCCCUAGCUAUUAUGGUACACAUAAUGUAGUUGAUAUGUUAUCUAGGCACAAGUUGAAUCCCAAUAGAAACUCUUCGUUUUGGGUUACAUACAUAUAUAUUUUGACAAUUUUGGCAUUUGACAAUUUUGAAAUGCAGAAGCAGCAAUUAAUAUGGUAAUAGACCACACACACACACACACACACACAUACACAUACACAUGCAUAGAUAAUUUGUAUAAGUAAACUCAGGUGUUCGAAUAAUGAUUUAACUAUUUCCAUUUUCCCCAUUUCUAUUUCGAUUUCGGUUUCUCAUUCACUUUUUCACAAUCUCACUUUUUGUAAUAUUCUUCUCUAAUCUCAAAUCUUUAUCUCAAGAAAACUCCAAUCUAUUAACUAGCAACUUUUUUGAUAUGAGAAUAAUAUAUAUACAUAUAUGGGAAACAACUUGCAACAUUCGGUGUCACUCACACACACACACACACACACAUGCACUCUGGGUUUGACAAAUUUCGAGAAAUCUUUGUUUUGUAAAUAUUUCCCCCAGCGGCAAAAUGAAGGCAUCUGUCAGAGAGAGAAAGAAAGAGAGAAUGAAAGAGAGAGAAGGUUUAUAAAUCAAAUCAAAUAAUUAUCAUGUUAUAAUUGUUUAUGUGGUAUAAUUAUUUAUAACAGUAUAUAUAUUUAUAUAUACUUGAAUAUAUAUAUAUAUAUAUAAAUGAAAUAUAGUAAUCUAAUUAUAUAUUGUAAUAGCACCUAGCUUACUUUAAUGAAAUGUAACGCAUAUUACUUUACAUCAGCGAAACGAAUCUUAAAUAUACAUAUAUAUAUACAAAUAUUAUAAUUAUAAAAUGGAAAACAAUAUCGUAGGCAAUUCGUUAAAACAAAAUAUUUAUACAAUUAUACAACAAAUGCUAAAGCGAGCGAAAUAAUUUCAUUUGUAACAAUUGAAAUGUGUGUGUGUUGUUUUUUUUUUUUUGUAAUAUUCCUAAGCCUACUAUAUAUAUAUAGAAAUAUAUAUAUAUAUAUAUUCAUGAUAAUGAUAUUAAUAUUAAUAACAUUAAAUUAAAUCUCAAAUAAUACAUAAAUAGAACAGCAGCAGCAAGGAAGCACAUCAGAAGUAAUGACAAUUAUUUAAAACAAAUAUAUAAAUAAAAAUAUUAUCAAUUUUUUGUAACAUCUCCUGCACUUUGUAUGAGCUCUUGUGCUGUGAGAAGUCAUUUUAGCAUAAUAUACGUAGUAAAUAUUACGUAAAUAUUAAAUAUUAAAUAUUACACAAAAUAAUAAAUAUGACAAAAGAAAA